CAGCGCGGCGGAGCGUAGCGUAGCUUUCUCGUAGAGCUGCCGCCAUGCCGGGUGCCGCUGAGCGCGGCUCGGAGCUGUCCGAGCAGAUCGAGGCCUUCGUGGCGCGGCUGCGGGGCGGCGGGGAGCGGCCGCGCUCCGAGGACACUGCACGGCAGACGCUGUCGCUGCUACGGAAGAUCAUCGCUCACGGGCGAUGGAGCCGGGCCGGGGAGCUCAUGGAACUGAUCCGGACAGAGGGCCAGAGAAUGACAGCAGCCCAGCCAUCUGAGACAACUGUGGGCAACAUGGUGCGACGAGUGCUGAAGGUUAUUCGAGAGGAGUAUGGCAGGCUUCAUGGGCGCAGUGAGGAAAGCGACCAGCAAGAAUCCCUACACAAGCUCCUGACCUCUGGAGGACUGAGCGAGGAUUUCAGCACCCCUUAUCCCCCCCUCAGAGCUAAUGUUAUUGAAGCUAUUAACGAGCUACUAAUAGAGCUAGAGGGCACCACUGAUAACAUUGCUAUGCAGGCGCUGGAGCACAUCCACUCCAAUGAGGUGAUCAUGACUAUUGGCUACUCACGCACUGUUGAGGCGUUCCUGAAGGAAGCUGCUCGCAAGAGGAAGUUCCAGGUCAUUGUAGCGGAGUGCGCGCCCUUUUGCCAGGGUCAUGAAAUGGCUGUCCGACUGUCUAAAGAGAACAUUGAAACUACUGUCAUGAGUGAUGCAGCUAUUUUUGCUGUCAUGUCCCGAGUCAAUAAGGUCAUCAUUGGUACAAAGACAAUCCUGGCCAACGGCGCCCUGAUUGCUGUGAGUGGGACACACACUCUGGCACUGGCAGCUAAGCACCAUUCCACUCCGCUCAUCGUGUGUGCCCCCAUGUUCAAGCUUUCACCACAGUUCCCUAAUGAAGAAGAUUCAUUCUACAAGUUUGUGUCACCACAGGAAGUGCUGCCAUUCACAGAAGGGGAGAUCCUGGCAAAGAUAAACGUUCACUGCCCAGUGUUUGACUACGUCCCUCCAGAGCUCAUUACUCUCUUCAUUUCUAACAUUGGGGGUAACGCACCUUCCUACAUCUACCGCCUCAUGAGUGAGCUCUACCAUCCAGAUGACUAUGAACUCUAAUGCCACAAAGCAUGUCAGUCUCCAGACUCUUCCUAUCUUUCUCUUUAGAAAGAUGAUACAACAGCUAAUUAAAGUGUACAUUGCAAAGAUGUGUUGCUGUGAGGAAUUUGCUCAGCAAUGUCCUUCCUACCCAAAAGCAACAAAGGCAGAACUCUUACACAGAUUUUGAUCUGUGCUGUGUUAAAAGCCAUGUGGAGCUCCAAAAACCCACUUCCAUUUUGAAACAGCAAGGCCUAUGUGUAACUGGAGCAUCUAACCUGUUACUUCAAAAUAUGCUGUGAUAAAGGUUGUUUACAGUGUUUAGCAUAUUUUCCCUAUUUGUUUCUUUAACUAACAGGCAUUUUACCAGUGUAGUGAGUUGCCUGCACCUAUGAUGCAGUAGCAGGCUUUAAAGUAUGCUUUCACAUACGAGUGUGAUAUGAAUUCAUUGGCAAUUGUCUUGAAAAGGGAAUUUUUGGGUAGAGUUUUCUGACAAUUUUUGGUGAGUUGCUGAAAUACAGACCAGCUUUUUGUAAAUGCUGGAAUGGAAAUUCCAUUCUUGAUGAAAGGCAGACCUUGAGAAGUUCCAUCAGCCAGCGCGUUCACCUCUAUGUUGGAAGGCGGAGCUCAAGCUCUUGAUUCACUGAUUGUAGUCUGGGGGUCUUUCCUCUCCUGUACUAAUUGGGUGACUGCGAUUAAUCUUCCUAGGUGGGCAUCUGGUCUUACUUGGGAAGUUUUUAUUUUUGUGAUAGGCAGCAUGGAACAUCUUUCUUAGAAAUAUCAGGCUCUUGCAGGUCAGUCAGAUCACUUUUCCUUAGUCCCUAUUAUCAGUGCAUGGCAAUACACUACAUGACAGUUAAGGCAUCAGAUGAAAGCAGUUUCCACUCCUUGUUUUGCUUUUGAUUGAGCAGGUGUCAGUAUAUCUCUGAUUUGGUUUUAAGUUGGAUGUCUGUGAUUAAACAAAGACAUCAUCUUUUUCCAUUUUGAAAUGAACUCUACUCCUCUACCUUAGACUGAGACAGUAAAAAGAACUGAACCUGUAAAAAAAAAAUGUCUGCCUAUUGUGAAAAAUGCCAUGGGCUAUUUAGUUACUUCUGUGGGGUAAGUUUCUGUACCCUCAGAAGAUGGGGCUGUGCUAGGAUUUAGAAAUCUCUUACUCAAGAAUGCAAACAGCAAGGAGCUGGAGAAAAUGGCUGGGUGUGUCAUUCAUUGCCUAGUUAAAUAAAAAGAAUGUUUUCUGCUCCU